AUGGCCGGACACGACGACAAGAAGAGGAAGAGGGCUGCCGAGGGAGUCGAUGCCCCGAACAAAAAGGCUUCCAGCGCCGCCAUCAACGUCCGCUUCCCAGCACCGCGCGACGAACUGUUUCCGGUCAUCGCUGCCGCUCCCGGUCUCAAUGUCCCCAGUGCGCCGUUCAAGCCCUUCGUCAAGGCCAACUCGACCAAGAAAGACAGCGACUCGCCCGCUCCUUCAACACACUCGCUCUUGCUGCACUCUUCAUCACAUGCUCGUCUCGACUUUACCGCCCAACAGCAGUCCACUUCAGACUUGACCCACUACGUCGCCGUCUACGAUCCUCAAUCCUCCUCCCUCCAGGUCCUCCCCGCCCACUCCGUCACUCUCCGUACCAACCUUCGCGCUGAAGCACAAGAAGUCGCUGCGCAGAACGCCGUGCGCACAUUCGCCCAACAGCGCGAGGAUCUGGGUCAGGCUUUCGGUACAAAGAAGGCCAAGAAGGCACUUGCUUCCAAGGUCGAAAACGCCAUCACAUCCAACGCCGACAGAAACCGUGUGGGAGGUAAGCUCGAUAAUGUCGAGUCUGCCGUCAUGGACAGUGUCAAGGAGGCUUCGGACGCCAUGCCCGCCAAACAGGCCCAGCAAGAAGAGAUCCUGGCCUCGAAGCCCAUUCCCAAGCCCAACCUCAACGCCACAGAGGCCGAGAACGUCUACCCCAUUGGAACUCUUGUGCCUGCCGCCGACAUGAAGGCUCUCACAGUCAAGGAAUGGCAAGAUACCGUUGCUGCUGGCGAGGACGUCAAGUUGACAUCGAGAUUUGUCGCUCACCGUAUCGCUGCCAUUGCCACACGCGACGAUGUGCAGAGACUCAAGGCUUUGAAGUACCUUAUGCUUCUGAUCGAGUUCAAUCUUGCACUCAAGCAAGGAAGAGGCGGCAAGAAGGUGCCACCGAGAGACCAGUUGAGGCAGAAGUUGGCAGAGUGGCCAGAGACUUUGAUCGAGAGUGUGAGGAGGAAGUUUUCGGACAACAACGAGCUCAACAAGUGGCACAUGGACAACCUGAUCACACACAUGGCCGCCAUCUCGCUCUUUAUCGAUGGUUACAAGACCGACACACACGACCUGCGCGAGGACUUGCGCUUAGAGAACAAGCAAAUGUCACAAUACUUCAUGGAGCUGGGCUGCAAGGUCAACAACCCAACAGAAAAGGAGCAGGCCGACUUCAAGAUCCCCAACAAGGCUGUCGCUGCCCAACGCAGAGUCGCCAAGCUGAAGAUUCCUCUCGACUUCCCCAAGGUCAGAAUGAUGCCUCGCAGAAGAUGAGCGUCUUUCGAUGAGAAGAGUCGUGUCUUGAUAGCCUGUUCCGAGACGUGCAAGUCAUCUAAAAGUACUGCCACAAUUGAUACCCCUUUAGCUUUCCAUCCCUAUCUUCUCUUAUCUCAUCAGCCAUAUUCAAUGAUAUUUGACGGACGUCAACCUCAUUUAUCUUGGAUUUGGAGUAUGACCUUUGGUCAGGGUCGCACCUUUUACAGGUGCUUCCGACAUCUCUAGCGACGUGGUGCUCUCACAACAGCGUGGAUCUCCAUUCUUGCAUGUUCAGUAGAUCUCCAUCAUAUCUCUGCAGCAUUUCGUCGUUUCAAUCUACCAUGAUAUGGAUUGCUGUCGUUGAUAUGUCCGAAAACACAUUUACAAC